AUGGUUCGCGAGCGCAAAGAGAAAAGGGCCAAGAACAUCAAGCUCAAGCAGCCUGACCGGUCCGGCCCGACGGACAAGACGCUGCUCGACAUGGCCAACGAGAGGAACCUCUUCAAGCAGGCCGCCGCCAAGGAGCGCAAGAACAAGCGCCAGAAUGGGGAAGGGGCUGAGGACGAUGAUGAUGACGACGAAGAGGAGGGCAUACCUCCUGGUGCAGAGCGCAUCCUCGAGACGCUGCUCUACACCGUGUCCCUGAGCAUGCUGCACCUCACCCUCGACGUGCUGGUGCAGCAGCAAUAUGCCAUCGAGAUGGAGUGGUUCAAGAUCAUACAGAGGGCUCUCCAGGCACUCAUGGUCUUCACUGCCCUCGUCUACGCUCUUCAUCCCCACCAUGCCGCCACCACCGUCGUCCCCGGUCUGCCCCAGCGCUUCCAGAACCACACCCGACAGGCGAUAUUCCUCGCGAUGGGAACGGCCGCCGGGCCCCCGGCCCUUGGGUGUCUCUGGGUCUGGUCCAUCAUCGAGCUGAAUCUUGGCCUGGCCGUGGCUAGUCUUGCCGCGUCGGGCUUCUUCUUCUGGCAAGGAGGAUAUACUAUUCGGUGA